GAAGGAGGCGGUGGCGGCGGCCGUUGCAGCGGCGGCGGCGGCGGCGGGAGCCUGAGGCGGCGGGGCCCGUGCGGGGCGCCUCGGCUGGGCUCCGGGACCGGGCGGAGCCGCCGGCGUGCCUCUGCCUGCCUGUUGCAAAGGAAACGGGCGUGAGGAGAAGGAGGAAGGAAGGGGAAAGGAGAAAAAAAAAAAGGCGCAGGCCCAGGGGGGCGGGGAAGGGGGGCCGGGCCUGAGAUCCGGCGGGGAGGCCGGGACUGUGGAGCGGCGGGAAGAGGCGAUCGCGGCGGCGGCUGGAGCGCGGGGUCCGGCGGCGGCGGUGCCGGAGGAGCAGGCGGAGCCCGCGGAGCCCGCGGAGCAGGCGGCGGCGCGCGCGCGAGGGGGCCAUGGCGUCCGUGCAGGCGUCCCGCCGCCAGUGGUGCUACCUGUGCGACCUGCCCAAGAUGCCCUGGGCCAUGGUGUGGGACUUCAGCGAGGCCGUGUGCCGCGGCUGCGUCAACUUCGAGGGCGCGGACCGCAUCGAGCUGCUCAUUGAUGCCGCGCGCCAGCUCAAGCGCAGCCACGUGCUCCCCGAGGGCCGCUCGCCGGGACCCCCGGCCCUCAAGCACCCGACCACCAAGGACUUGGCCGCCGCUGCAGCCGCCGCCGCCGCCGCUGCCCAGGGACCGCAGCUGCCACCUCCCCCGCAGGCUCAGCCGCAGCCGUCGGGGGCCGGCGCGGGCACGGGGGGCGGUGCCGGCGGUGCUGGUGGCGCAGGAGGUGCAGGAGGCGCAGGAGGCGCAGGAGGCGGAGGUGGCAGCGGCGUCUCCUCCGGCCAGGACCGCUAUGACAGGGCCACCUCCUCGGGCCGCCUCCCGCUGCCCUCGCCGGCCCUGGAGUACACCCUGGGGUCCCGCCUGGCCAACGGGCUGGGCCGCGAAGAGGCGGUGGUGGAAGGGGCGCGCAGGGCUCUGCUGAGCUCCAUGCCCAGCUUGAUGCCCCCGGGGCUGCUGGCCGCCGCCGUGUCCGGCUUAGGAGGCCGAGGCCUGACGCUGGCCCCGGGUUUGAGCCCUGCCCGUCCACUCUUCGGCUCCGAUUUUGAGAAAGAGAAGCAACAGAGGAACGCGGACUGUCUGGCCGAACUGAACGAGGCCAUGCGGGGCCGAGCGGAGGAGUGGCACGGGCGCCCCAAAGCCGUGCGCGAGCAGCUGCUGGCGCUGUCCGCCUGCGCCCCCUUCAACGUGCGCUUCAAGAAGGAUCACGGCCUGGUGGGGCGCGUCUUCGCCUUCGACGCCACGGCCCGCCCCCCGGGCUACGAGUUCGAGCUCAAGCUGUUCACCGAGUACCCGUGUGGCUCCGGCAACGUGUACGCGGGGGUCCUGGCCGUGGCGCGCCAGAUGUUCCACGACGCCCUGCGGGAACCAGGCAAGGCGCUCGCCUCCUCUGGCUUCAAGUACCUCGAAUACGAGCGGCGGCACGGCUCGGGCGAGUGGCGGCAGCUGGGCGAGCUGCUCACCGACGGCGUGCGCAGCUUCCGCGAGCCGGCCCCGGCCGAGGCCUUGCCCCAGCAGUACCCGGAGCCCAGCACGCCCGCCGCCCUGUGCGGGCCACCCCCGCGAGCGCCAUCCCGCAACCUGGCGCCCACGCCGCGCCGGCGCAAGGCGUCCCCCGAGCCCGAAGGCGGCGAGGCGGCCGGCAAGCUGACCACGGAGGAGCAGCAGCAGCGGCACUGGGUGGCCCCCGGGGGCCCCUACUCGGCCGAGACCCCCGGCGUGCCGUCCCCCAUCGCCGCCCUCAAGAAUGUGGCCGAAGCCCUGGGUCACUCGCCCAAGGACCCCAGCGGGGGCCCCGUGCGGGCCGGAGGGGCCAGCCCCGCAGCCUCGUCCACCGCCCAGCCUCCCGGCCAGCACCGCCUGGUGGCCCGCAACGGGGAGGCCGAGGUCAGCCCGACAGCCGGGGCCGAGGCGGUGGGCACGGGCGGCGGGGGCGGCGGCACCACCCCGGGGGCGACCCCCGGCGCCCCGCUGUGCUGCACCCUGUGCCGGGAGCGCCUGGAAGACACCCACUUCGUCCAGUGCCCCUCGGUGCCCGGACACAAGUUCUGCUUCCCCUGCUCGCGGGAGUUCAUCAAGGCCCAGGGCCCGGCGGGCGAGGUGUACUGCCCGAGCGGGGACAAGUGCCCGCUGGUGGGCUCGUCUGUCCCCUGGGCCUUCAUGCAGGGCGAGAUCGCCACCAUCCUCGCCGGAGACAUCAAGGUGAAGAAGGAACGGGACCCCUAGGCCGCUGCUGCCCCUGCGCCCCCCACCCCGCCGCCCGCUGCGGAUAAAUUAUUCCCUCCCCCACCCAGCCCGGUGCCACCCCACGUGUUGUACAUACCCCUCCCCUGGUCCACGCGGGUCCCCGGGGUAGAUGCAUUGUGGGUGGGGGUAGAAGGCUUGUGGCUCCUGUCCGAGGGGUGUUGGGGGGGUCCCCGGCCCCCUCCCCAUUCCCCGCCCCUCCUUGGCUUGGCUUGGCUUGUAGUUGGGAAAGAGGCGCCCCCUGUGGGACCAGAAGAGG